CCGAUCGAGAUAUGGUAGACGAGCUGAUGUCAGAGCUAAUUGUCUAGACACUUCCAUGGCUUAUGCCUGAAUACCUUCUCUGUCCAUAUGUACCUUCCUUGCCAUUUACCAAGUUUUCCUUCCAAUUCCCACUCUAGUCUCAUGCCGCCGCUCAGUGAAACCCAACCUUUCUAAAAUGCAUCCGAUCUAUCAUGUCACUCCUACCACGAGCCAAAUGCAGACAUCACAAACUGCCAGUAGCGCCUUUAGCGUUUGUGCAAACCCUGACGAAGAUUGGACCAAGAUAACGGAUUUCGAAGAGCGUCGUCGGAUUCAGACUAGGAUUGCUCAGCGCAAUUAUCGUAAGUAUGAAGCAGAAGCAGCGAUUGGAACGAGUGGACGAUCGAAACCAAACAAGCCUACCAACGCCUGAGACAUUAUACGAAGAGCUACCCACUUCUUGGUCUGGUUCAGAAUUUUCUCAGACAGACAAUCAACAUCAGGAAACACAAAGCCUCUUCGACAUAUCCACUGCCGAGGCACAGCAGCAGCAAUACCCAAUGUUCAGCGAUGACUGUGAUAUACACAUUCAACCUCCUACUCCUCCACUUUCGACCCCACAGCCUCAGUGUACGCACGCGACAAAUUCUGGAACAAUGCCAGGUCUCUUUCACACCAUCAACACCGGAAGCCAGCAGCAGCCAGUGCACAACUGUUACGACAAUUUCGUGCAUACGGCACCACACCAGUUCUUCCCACCAACAAGCGAUGAAUGCGACAUGGCCUUACAACAGUCCACAUCCCCGUUCCAAACUGCACAACCUCAUUAUGCGCAAGCAUCUAUCUCUGGUAUCAAUUCAUGUCAAUUCCACGCCGGUGGCCAGCAGCACACAACGCACAACAGUUGUAAUGGUCACGCGCCCAAGGCUCUCCAGCAGCAGUUUGUGCCAUUGGACCACGAUUUGCAACAUUUUACCCAUCAACUCUCGGCAUCACGGACUCCGUGCGUAUGUACGCCCGGCUCCAACCCCACCUCGUACCACUCCCAAGUCCAACCCGCCAGCCAGCACCAACGCAUACACAGUUUUUACAACAGAUCACCUUUACCUGCAUCAUCCAGGAUUGGAUCGUCAGAAGAUUGCAGUCGUGCCUUGUAUGACCAUUCUGAACAAUCAUGUGGAGCGCCCGCAGUCAACUUCAGCUCGCCUUUUAACACCCCUCAGCAUGUAUCGCAUCCAUAUAUAGCGUUGCCAUCAUCAACGAAGCGGAGGUGCUGCUGCCAUCAUAGUCAUGUGUACACACCGGCGGUCGGACAUAUGCCGAUGAAUGGCUUCGACAUGCAUGCGCUUUAUCCAUUUCAAGGCUCGGCUCAGGGUCACACAAAUGCAGAGUUCCUAUAGAAAUUGGGAAGCGAUGUAACGGAGGCGUUUAUUUCGUUGGACA